CUCACUCAUACUGAACUGCAGGGGCAGAGGAGCGGAGGCGACGCGCCGUGUCCGGCUGCAGCGAUCUCUACUCGCAGGCAAAAACACGGAUUUAAAGUUCGCGGAUUGUGUAUUUGACUCGUGAAAUUGACGUGGGACAAGUUCGGCCUUCCCGUGGGAUAGUUUUGCUGCAACUUGCGCGCUUUUGCUCGUGUUACACUUGAGUUUUCUGUCUGUGGAUAUGGACAGAAGAGAGCCCGCUGCAGGGGAAGAAGACGCGCCGGUGGAAACCUUCGUCUGAGCGGGGAUUUGAUGAAGCCCUGUGGGCCUUCUUGUGCUUGUUUUCACAGACUUGGAUUUAGAGACGCAAAACCAGGACCUUUGAGUCACAUUUCUUGCCCGACGCUCGGUUUUAACGACAACGCGCUGCGCGAAACAUGGAAACAGUAGCGCGACAGAGUUUCCAGCCUCACCCGGGACUGCAACAAACUCUCAAACAGUUUCACCUGAGCUCCAUGAUCUCCCUCGGAGGACCGGCCGCGUUCUCGGCCAGGUGGCAACACGACUUGCUCUUCAAGAAGGACGGUAAAGACAUCCCGGAGCCUGUGCUGCACCUCCCCCCGAUGCAGCCUCCUCCGGUGAUGCCCGGACCGCUCUUCAUCCCGUCCGACCGCUCAACCGAGAGGUGCGAGACGGUACUGGAGGGCGAGACUAUCUCGUGCUUCGUGGUGGGCGGCGAGAAGCGCCUGUGCCUGCCGCAGAUCCUCAACACGGUGCUGCGGGAUUUCUCGCUCCAGCAGAUCAACUCUGUGUGCGACGACCUGCACAUCUACUGCUCGCGCUGUACCGCCGACCAGCUGGAGAUCCUGAAGGUAAUGGGCAUCCUGCCGUUCGCCGCGCCGUCCUGCGGGCUCAUCACCAAGACGGACGCGGAGCGGCUUUGCAACGCGCUCAUCUACGGGGGCACGUACCCGCCGCACUCCAAGAAGGAGCUGUACGGCUCUAUCGAGCUGGAACUCACCGAGAAGAGCUUCAAGAUCUACCACGAGUGCUUCGGGAAGUGUAAGGGUCUGCUGGUCCCGGAGCUCUACACGAGUCCCAACGCGCCCUGCAUCCAGUGCAUGGACUGCAGGCUCAUGUACCCGACCCAUAAAUUCGUGGUGCACAGUCACAAAUCGCUGGAGAACAGGACUUGCCAUUGGGGCUUUGACUCGGCCAACUGGAGGGCGUAUGUUCUCCUGAGUCCGGAUUACACGGGGAAAGAGGAGAAAGCGCGUCUGGAGCAACUCCUGGAUGAUAUGAAGGAGAAAUUUGAUUUCUCCAAUAAAUACAAGCGGAAAGCAUCACAGGCGGCUGAUCCAAUUCCUGCCAAGAAGCCCAAACACGAUGACUUUCCAGCACAGUCACCCUCAGGAGACAAAGACAAGCAACCUGAUUGGCUACGGUCCCUCUCAGCGUCAGCCAAUAAGGGGCUCAACUGCAUUCAGCCCAGACAGAGACCGUCAGCCUUCAGGCCUUGGUCUCCAAACAUCUCUGUUAGCGAUAAAGAUGGAGCAGGCAGACCCGCUAGCAUGUUACGAGACAGCUUCUACAACUACAAGAGUCUGGAAAGUGCCGUGGCCCCAAAUGUGGCUCUGACACCCUUGCAGAAAGGAGGACAGGCCUCUCCGUCGGCCCCCAGCAACUCACACCCUCACGGGGCAGAGAGUGAAGGAGCCAGUCGCGGGAGGAAGAGGAGGCUGACAGGCGACACUCAGCCCAGCCCACAGCCCUGUCCCUCAGCCACCGCCAGCAAACCCCUGCCAGCCUCGCCAGAGGAGCAUGAAUCUGAUGUGGAGGUGGAGGUGGAGAGUCGAGAGGAACUAACGUCUUCGCUUUCCUCACUGUCCUCCCCGUCGUUUCCCUCCUCAAGCUCAGCUAAGGACUUGAGCUCUCCCUCCGGCCCCGUGGCCACUUUACCAGCAGUUGUGACACCCGCCGCCGGACCCCCAGAGGGCCCCCUGCUGUCUGGAGGAGAGGGACAUGCCAUGACUAACCUGGAGUCAGAGCUGGAGACGCUGAGACAGGCGCUAGACAAUGGCCUGGACUCAAAAGAAUCCAAGGAGAAGUUUCUGCAUGAGAUUGUGAAGAUGCGAGUAAAGCAGGAGGAAAAGCUCGGAUCCGCAUUACAGGCCAAGCGAAGCCUCCAGCAGGAGCUGGAGUUCCUCCGUGUUGCAAAGAAGGAGAAGCUCCGUGAGGCGACAGAGGCGAAGAGGAACCUGCGCAAGGAGAUCGAGCGCUUGCGUGUUGAAAGCGAGAGGAAGAUGAGAGAGGCCAACGAGUCCCGUAUGCGGCUGAAGAGAGAGCUGGAGCAGGCCAGACAGCUGCGGGUGUGUGACAAGGGCUGCGAGGCCGGACGCCUGAGGGCCAAAUACUCUGCGCAGAUUGAAGACCUGCAAGUAAAGUUGCAGCACGCCGAGGCAGACCGAGAGCAGCUGAGAGCCGAUCUGAUCCAGGAGCGGGAGGCGCGGGAGCACCUGGAGAGAGUGGUCAAGGAGCUACAGGAACAGCUGUGGCCCAAAAGCCCCAGCAAGAAUGGCACAGACGUGGCACACCCACCCGCCAAAGACUCCAACAACUGAUCCUCACUCUGUCUCUUGACUCCGCCUCAAUCCACAUCAACACCGCCCUGAUUGACAGCACCGACCACCCAAUCAUGACAAACUAGCAUGUGGGUGAGCCCCGCCCACCCGCCUCUCAGCCAGCGCAAAAGCCGAACAUUUUUUUGAGGGAAGUUAGACAACGAGAGCACUGAAAUGCACCUCGCCAGAUGUUUUAAAAUAAAAGAGGAAAACAAAAAUGCAAAAAUCCAUCAGAAAGAAAGAAGACAACAGCACAAAAGCUAACUGUGCCUGAAACUGAAUACAUUUUCAAAUAAAGACUUUUCUAUAAACAAAAUUGGUGACGGCAAAUUUUACGUCAGUUUUUAAGGAGAUCUUAGCAUGCUGACCACUCAUCAUCGUUUUUGAAGAGACAAGGACUCGCCAUCAUCAUCGUCUUCAUCCAUUUUGAGGAAAAAUCACUUCAAAAUAAGCUAUUUAAGAGACUUAGUGUGUAUGAGAUUAAAAAAAAAAACUUAUAAGAGCCUCAAAUUUACCCCUCUUUUAUAUGUAUGUACAUGUCACGCUGGUUAAAAGAAGCCAUGGAGACAAAUGGUUACACACUUGCAUCUUUAACUUUGUUAAAGAUGGUCAGGAGAGCGUUGGAGGAGAGCUAGAGGUGAAGUUCAGCCCUACUGAAAGGAAGCGAGAUUUGAGUUCAAGUAAGUGCUAUGAUCAAGCCAUGAGCACUUUCUUUUAAUGGCAAACAAGCUGUCGUGUGAUUGGGGGUCAGAACCAAUCGGCGAGGAGUUUUGUGGCCCUUGCUCUCAGUGAGGGUUUUCUUCUCGUCACACACGUGAGGGCUGAGGUGUUGACAACGAUAGUCGGCCAUUUUGAGGAAUAAACUAAAAGCAUAAAAAACAGCUUCUAGGGCAGGAGGUGUCAUGUGAUCAAGAACCACAAAUUGUUGUUUUUAAGUAAAUUAUAAUGUAAAUAUGAAAAUGUUUCUUUCGCUUUGUUUUGUUUUUUUACUUUACAAAAUAAUGAAUCGCACUUUGUCAUUAUUACAAAAUACUGUCUCAUGCAUUACGCUCCCACACUCUCCCACACAUUUAUCUCAGAGCGUUUUUUUAGUAUUUCUAAGUAUAAAAUUGAAAUAAACCUUUUGUUAAUUAUAUGCAGUUCUAAUAAAUGCAAUGUAAUCAUGUGUUUAAGACGAACUAUUGUAAAUAAAACGCAAGAUUUAAAAAUAAAAAAGUUCUACAUGCUUGCUUGCUGAACGGUGCGCAAAGCCGUUCCCUCAAUCUGACAUUAUUAAUGAAUUCAUUUAUCAUAGCUAUCGAUAUAUGAUUAUAAUUGUUGCGAAAGUGUUAUUGUUACUGUCCUACAGGCUUCAAACGGUUUCGAAUCAAAUUUAAAACCGUCGGCGAUAAAUAGGACACAUGAAUCGGUAAAAGCAGUGUUUCUCAACCACGUUCCUGGAGGACCACCAACAAUACAUGUCUCCUUUGUUUGUCACACUCAUUACAACUCCUAAUGAGCUGAUGAUCUGAAUCAGGUGUGUUUGUUUGAGGAGACAUAGAAAAUGUGCAGAGCUGGUGGUAAUUCAGGAACGUGGUUGAGAAACACUUGGUAAAAGGGAGUCUAAAUGUUAAUGCAGGUGCUCCUCUCAGCUGUGAACAAGAUGAUGAGGAUGAAAGAAUGAAUGAAAGACGGUCACACACUUAGCUGGGAGAGAUUUUGGUAAAUACAUAUAUUUUUAAGUGAUUUAUAUACAUUGGGUACAAUGCAAUCAGAAUGUAUGUUACAUUUUGGCUCUUUUUGUUGUUGUUGGAUGUUUUUUCAAGAUUGUGUGAAUAUUUUAUUGCGUAUGUUCCUCCUCUCAAUAGCAAGCUUAUGUAAUUUCUUUCAUAUGCAUGGAAUUUUAAAGAAAAGAUAAAGUCUGCCAUUCAUAUAUUCAUUAUUGGGCAUUAAAACUGUAUAUGUCGGUUUUUUUAUUGUGUUAUGCAAUAUAAAGCGUUGUUUUUAACUACAAAGGAAAAACAGAACCCACUUAACAAUAAAUUCCAGCUCUUGAACGCAACAUUAACGGCAUUACUCUUGGGCUAAAAACAAACCUUAUGUGCAUAUGCAAUGCUGGAGACCCGCAAGUGCCUGUUUUAGGUCCAUUGGGGUUUCUAGAAGUGGAACAAUUAUUGAGCCUGUUCCUAUGCUGACCGUCCGGUCAGAUGAAGAGAACAGGACGUCCCAUUUGCACUGUCAUUUGGGGAGCUUUAGUGCUUUUUGCACUUUUAGGCUCACCCCAUUUUGCCAGAACUUGACUAUCACUGCUUAGGAGCAAGCCGCAGCUUAUUUGAUAGGUUUUAAUGCCAGUUUGUCAGUAUUCCUUUGAUAUUUUUUCCUUUGAAAGUUUAUGAAUAGUUAAAUAAAAAGAAAAAUGCAUAGCAGAAUUUAAUGCACCAAUUGCCACUGGUAAAGAAGAAUUAAAAAUCUUAUACUAAGAUAGCUUUUUAAAUGUAUGUUGGAAUAAAUAAACUCUUUUCUUUCUCUGUUUUUAAGAAUAAAAAAAUAUAUUUAAGAGGUUACUUUUUGCUAUAGAUAUAAAAAGAGCCUUUGAAUCGAUACAUUGCAGGCUACGGCGAAGAUGGGGUCUAGAUGAAGCUCGGUGUCUUAAAAGUAGCGAGAGGCUGUGCAUUUUUACAGACCAAAAAAAUCAUUCAUAAAAAAAAUACUUUCAGAUGAGGUUGUUUUGUAAUUGUUUUUACAAGCAAAUUGAUAUGUGCAGAUCACUUUGUUCAUGGUUUUCUAUUUAAAAAAGGGAGAAAUUGAUCACAGAGGCUCCUUUGCUCCCAAUGUAAUACUAAAAAUGUGGAUUUUUUUCCCUAAAAGAGCCAUUUUUUGCUAACUAAAAAAGCUAAAACACAGCAAUAACAACAUCACUGAUGAAUGAUGAUCAGGAUUAGCCAGUUUAACGCUGAAAGUACAAAUUCACCAAUGUAUAUAGCUGUUUUUUUGUUCAUUUUACAAGAAUUGUAUCAUAAAUGUAUAUUGUGUUUCUUUUUUUUUUUCAGAAUGAGAAAACUUACAUCAUAGUUGUUAUCUUUUACAUUGUGUUUUUUUAAAGCAAACAGAAAAUGUUUUACUUCAAAGGUUGUAUUCCCAGCGCAAACAUAUUCAGUCCUUUUUCUGCAAUGUUCAGUAGAAACGUUUCAUUUUUCAGGUUUUCAAUGUUUUACCUUCAACUAAAUAUCAAAGACAUCAGUUCUGGUUGAAUCAGACAUUCAGAUUCUUGUUUUAAUCUCUUCUUUAUUCUCCUAUGCCGAUAUAUCUUAGCCCUUCACUGCUGCUAUAACAAUAUACUAUAAACUUUGCAACUCUUGAAAUUAUUUUUAUGUAAGAGAUUAAUGUAUGCUUUCUUCUUCUACUGAUGCCGCUUAUACAACUUGGAUCUGGCCAAUUUCUCCCCCUUAGACCUCCCUUCUCCCCACACAUGGACUAUAAUGUAAGAUAGAGAGCUCUAUGAGAUUAGAGUUGAAAGUAGUUCGGCUUAUAUACUGCAGUGUCAGGAUGUACAGUGUAUAGACCCAUAAUCCAAAAUAAAGUUUUGUCCAGAAA